GUACCUGGGAAAAAUAAGGCCCGCCGAGCCAAAUCGAUAUCGAAAUCUGUGUUGGAUUCUAUACGCAGAACAUCUGGAAUAGGUUCAGAAGAAAGCGAAGCGUAAAAGGCGGACUGUGAGUGUGAGAUAAACAACCCAAUGCUGAGACAGGAUGGCCGAAGUUGUUGUUUUUUUUUUGGUGUCUAUUCUGUCAAAGGUAUUCAAGGCUGAGUCGAUCCAACUGUCGACCAAAAUAGGCAACUGGAAAACCUGAAAUCUUGGAUGCAAAUGUUGAGGCUAGGUCUGGGGCAUCUUUAUUAACUGCAUCACCGAAAACCUCGAGUUUCCUGUCAUCGAAAUUAACAGCUUUUAUCUGCAAAAUGAAAAAAGCAAGAGCGGUUUUAAUUCUGGUCGAAAAUAGGUCCAUGGCGUUUCUGAUAUCUGAAUUUAGAGACGAAGACAGGAGAAGAAAAAAAAAAAAAUGAAAAAGUGGCUGUAUUAUGGUUGCACUAAACCAAGCCCUCUUCUAGGAAAGGAUCAAAGCAACUUCAGGAAUCAGUGUACUAAAUAUAGCAACAUGUAAGAAAUUAUUUUUAAAACGGGAAUCCCCGUACUUCGGGAACCAUGCAGGACCCUCCCAGUAAAACCGAAAGUGAAAUCUGUGUUGGAUUUUACGCAAGGCUCUUAUAGAGUGAUCAGGUCUUUCGCAUUCCUACAAACACUUCUCUUCAGACUCAGGUAGAGAAGAGUACUGUGCGGACUUAAUGCGAGUGUGAGACAAGCAGCACAGGGAUUGUGAUAAGAUGGCUGAAGGAGAUGUUACAGUUCUCCCCUGGGAUCAUCUCGAAUGUCAGAGUGACCACGAACGGUCACCAUCAGGUCCAUUGACUUGCGACAACUGCUUAAGAACGGCCAUUCAGUUUCUAAAGCCUCACCUUGUCCGGUUUGGUUUUUCAGCGGUGGAAGUCAUGGCAUUGAUGACAACCCAGACUAAAGAACUUGAUAUGGACAAGAGAUUAGCCAUUGUUAGAAAGGACAAAGAUGGCAAGGACUCGUCGGCUGCUCUUCUUAUAGACUACCUUUUGUCGAUGUCUCCAGCGGUGAUCAACAUUUUUAUGCGUUCUCUUCACAUACGUCCACCAGUUGACGUGCACGACACAAUCGUCGUCACGUGCGUGUGCUUGUCAGCCCAUCGCAGCAUCAUCCAUCAUGUCGCCAAUUUGCUGGCCAAGGGACAUUCUCUCCAAAACUUUCUGUCGGUUGUCCAGCCAAACUCUGCAGACGACAGCGCCACAGUCAGCGCUGGACCAAGUGGUGUCGCAGCGCAAGCACUUACAAAUCAAGGGACGUCAUCCGACACCUUGGCGCGUGCCAUUCAUUUGUUUGCCUCCCUUUAUUUCCAGCUUGCCCGUGGUUUGCGAGAGUGCUUGCAAGAAUACCGCGAUACCAAUGCUCACCUGGCAUGGUGGAAAGCAGUAGCCGCAACUCUGGGUGCGCUGCCUGGUGCCAGAUGCCACAUGCAAUCACCAGAGAUUACCGCAAAACUUUUCGAGGAUGCUUUAGCCAUCCUUCGGCAUGAUCCAUACAUGGAGCAGACGGACAAUAACCAGGCAGGUUCAGACGAUACCACCAGCCUCAAUAUUGAAAACAAUGGUAGCGUAUUUUCUUCGAACAUGUCUGUGAUCAGUUCUUCAACGGACGAGUGGAACAAUUUAGCUAAAGGCGACUUGCUGCAAGGGAUGCCGCCCCGUGACCUUGCAGACCUCAUGCAGCUGAGUGAAGGGUCGAUAACUCUGCGACCAUACCAAGAAGAGUUACUGGAGUCUGCUCGAAGAGGCCGAAAUGUUCUCAUUUGGUUGGACACAGGAGCAGGCAAAACCUACAUCGUACUCAAAUACGCUGAGGAGCAUCUGAAAGGGGACGAAAAAAGACGCAUGGUGUUUGUUGUACCAAAAGUGAGACUUGCACAGCAACAGUUUGCUCGCUUUCAGCGUUACCUUCCUUCUUGCAAUCCUCAUUUGAGAUGUGGCCCGACGAACUCUAGAAAGAAGCCUAUGUUGUCUUUCCUGAUUGAAAGAUACGGUGUCAGAAUUUUUGUUGUGACGGCCCAGUGCCUAGUUGAGGCUCUCGAUAGAAAGGAGGUCACCCUGAACCAGUUCUCUCUGAUGGUAUUGGAUGAAUGUCAUCACACGAGGGGAGGCCAUCCAUUCAAGCAGUUGAUGAACCAGUACAUGGAGCUCAAGUUUGGAUCGCCCGUUGGCAGCGUCACACUACCUCAGAUAAUUGGACUGACCGCAAGCCCUGGUAUCGGGCGGCUCAGGGGAGGGAAGCCGGAGCAAGCGGUUCAGCAUCUGCACUCGCUGACCGCAUCCCUGGACAUCGAGGAGAUCUGCAGCGUGCGUCGUAACGUACAGGACCUGGAGCAGCACGUCGCCAGACCCAAACAUGAUAUUCGCACUUUCGAGAAAAGGACAAGUGAUAAGUUCAAAGAUCACAUCAAGGUCAUCAUGCAGGAAAUCACUAAAAACAUGCAAGAUCAUCCAGCUGUAACAGAAUACUCGCGGAUUUUGCAAACUAUCGACAGCUCUAAAGCUGAGAGGUUCAAGAAGAGCCUGGUCCCCCCCUCCAUCGACUCGAAGGAGGGCUAUUCAGAGUGGCUGAACAGUUGCGACAAGCAGUUCCUAUACGUGCAGGAACCCAGCGUCCGCUACACCAUCCUCACAUGCGUUGACACUCUCAAGAUCUACCUGCAAGCCUUGAUCCUGCACGAGGAAUGUCAGGCCAUUGAUGCCCUGAGCUUCCUGAAGGAGGAGACUGAGCGCAUGCGCAGUAGCAGUGCGGAGAGGGCCAACGUGGACAUGGAGCUUGUUGCGUUGUUUGAUGCUAAUCUUCCCUUACUGGAAGCUGCAGCCAAAGAGAGCGAAAAUCCAAAGCUGAAAGUGUUAGAGGAGUUCAUUCUGUCGGGAAUCAAGAGUUCUUCACAGGACACAGAACAGAAGAGACUAGAGUUGUCUUUCUUGAACUCCAGAAGCCUCGACAGUCAGCAGUUGGAGGAGCACCACAUCGGAGAACAGGUGAUGGGUUUCCUGGAGCUGAACAACUUGUCAUCAAAACAGAUUGUAGAUGAAAACAUGGAGGAAAUGUGUGAGGAUGACGACAAUAUAGAUGCGAUGUCCGUGCGAACGAUGACAGUGGAGAAUGACCACCCGCAAUCAGCCAGGAUGCAAAUUCUUGAUGAUGUUCACGAUGACGAUAAUGACGACGCCAUGAGUUCUCUUGUUGACGACAUCGACAGCGCCUCAGUCAUGGAGUGCCCACCCGGUUCCGAGUGCGAGGAAGAGGUGCGUGGCAUGAUAUUUGUGCGCACCCUGGAGCUGACACGCCUCAUACCCAGGUGGAUCAACAGGCACCCGAAGCUGAGAUGGUUGAACCCAGGCCGCAUCACAGGAGCCACAGCCAGCGCUUCACAAGGAGGUAUGACGAAGAAGGAAGUCGCGGAAGUGAUGGAGGACUUCAACAGAGGGGUUCACAAGAUGCUAGUGUGCACGUCUGCUGCAGAAGAAGGCCUCGACUUCAGGGCCUGCAAUCUGGUCAUUCGAUACGAUUAUGAAAGCAGCCUCGUUUCCAUGAUACAAACUCGAGGACGAGCCAGGCAGAAAGAUGCCCUGUACGGGGUGCUGGUCAACCCCCAAAAGGACAGCAUGGGCAAAGAGCAGCAGAACAUCAACAGUGAGCUUCUCAUGCGAGAAGCCGUAGCCUCCUUCCAGGAUCUUGUGGGCAAGAACCGCGAGGAUCACCUGGAUACAAUGGCACGAACUCAGUUCCAGAAUUAUCAGAAGCGCUGGAAGAAGGACAUGAGCGAGGCCCGGAGUCUCCGAGAAAAACUUCCGGAUGCUUUGUAUCAGCUGCUUUGUCGCAGGUGCUGUGCCUUUGCUUGCAACUCUUCUGAUGUGAAGAGGCUGAAAUCGACCAACCACGUAGUAAUUGGUCCAAGCUUCCGUCAAAGGUAUUCGAAGGUGAAUUCGAACGUCGAGAAGAAAAAGCAGUACGACAAAGAUCUUCCCAAAACCGGAAAUCUUGUCUGCCACCGUUGUGGCGAGCCCUGGGGCAUCAUCGUCAAGUGCAUCAGCGAAAACCUCGAGUUUCCUAUCAUCAAAAUCGAUCGAUUUUGCAUAGAAAAUGAAGAGAAAGAUAGGUUUCUUGUCAAAAAGUGGUCCAAGGCAUUUCCGGUACCUGAGCUUGGGGACGAAGACCGAAAAAAGCACAGAAUGUCCUUGCCCCCUGAGGCAUGUCUUCUUCCGGUCAAAGAUGACAAUGCUCUCAAUGUAAACUUGGUCAACUUCAAUGCUGAAGGCAUUGAAUUUUUGAAAAACAAAGUGGAUUUUCCCAUGGAAACGAAAGAUUCAAACGAUUUUGAAGAUUCCGAUCUAGAAGACGCUUUUGAUCCUUUGGACAGGUCAGAUUUCUUCGAUGAGGAAAAUGACUCUGAAAAUGAGGACUGUUUCCCAGAUAUGGAGAAUUACGAUGAAGAUGAAGAUGAAGACGACUAUAUCUAGUAUUAGAUAUGGAUAAUGAUUAUGAAGAUAAGGAAUGAUAUUCACGUUAGGUGACUGAAGCAUAGGUGCAGAUACGUAUAAAACCUUUCACUAAGUUGCUAACGCUGAAAAUGAAUAAUACUGAACUGUUUUUCAGAAUAUUUUAACCUCACACUAAAUUCUUCUCUGCAAUCUAUCAAUUGUCGUUAGGUAGUUUGCACACAUCAUAUUUUUUUACAGUUUGAUCUUUCUUUCGAAGUAAAGCUUUCUUUAUACACAUAUAUUUAAUAUGUAGGCAUGUUUUCUUUAUUUUGAACUGUAAGGUUCUCCACUCAGCUCAUUUAGUCAUUGAGAUAUUUUUUGGUUGCUCUAAAUAAAAACACAAUACGACCUAAGUCUGAAAGACCUGGAGAAGAAAAAAAGGGAGCUCAUUGAUGAAAGGGCUCAGAAGACGUCAGGGGACUUGACGAUAAGAUGAUGAUAUGAUGAAUACGGCGAAAAUAAGAUGAAAUGUUAAGAUGCUAUUUUUAUUUGCGCUUUGGUAAAUUUUCUUGUUUGUUAGAUAUGAGGAAACCAUUAGUGGGAUAGCUCUAGACUUGUUCUCUACUCAUAUUUGAGUGUGCGUUUGUGAAAAGUCCUAAGUGUAGGCGAACUUUUUUUUCCAAACACUAUCCCUACGUUUCGUCUAAACUUUUGCCGGAUAUUUUCACAUAUGCAUUGUGUUUAAUGGGAAGUCGUCUACAUGACCAAGAGUGUAAACAUUUUUCAUCAAUUUCUGUAGAAUAAUCGUUAUUCGUUCAUAUUCCUAGACUAUUGGAUUUGCAAUUGGUUUGAUUUGAGUUUAAAAAUAAAGUUUGUAAUGAGCAAUGGUCGAGCCGUUUGUGU